AUGGCCGAAGCAGACAUAGACCGGUUGGCCGAGAAGGUGGCGCAUCUUCUGACGAAACUCGUCACGGAGGUGGCCAAAUCGCUGGAGCUCGAGGAGACCAUUUUGCAGGUGAAGCGGGAAAACUCCGUCUUGAAGAGCCAGGUGGGUGAGUUGACUCUGGAUGCUCUGCGGGCGAAAACGGCGGAAUCGGAGUUGGCGCAGCUCAGGCAGAGGCUCGGACAAACGGAAGAGGAGAAGAAGGUGGCCGAGGAGAAAAACAAGCAGCUCGAGGGCGAGGUGGAGGACUUGACGGCCUCCUUGUUCAAUGAAGCGAACGAGAUGGUGUCGAAUGCGUCGAGAGAGACCUACAACUUCAAGGUGAAGAACCGCAAGCUUUACGAGGAGAUUGACGAGAAAAACGCCAUCAUAGACAGUCUCCAGGCGCAACUCCAGGACCUCAAGGGCCUUUUCAUGAAGUUGGAGGAUCAACAGAGAUCCCUGAGACACGGCACGCCGCAAUUGGAACACGGCUUUGACGAGAAGCCCACAGACAAUGUCGUGGACGACUACGGCUAUCUCAUGUCGCAGCUCAUCCAUGCUCCCAGGGUCAGGGCGAUCCGUUUCGACCUCAACCACUACCAGCACGACUUCAAGGCGUUUGUGUUCCAGCUCAUCAAGCCGGACUUUGUGUUUGACUUGGCCUCGUUGAAGACGUUGAAGUAUUUCCGGAAAAUAUGGCACGAGGAGAUCGAGCCGGCCUUGGGAACGAUCCCCAGUGUGUCCAACAACUUCCUUAAUAGGUUCUCCAAGGGCAAGACGUUCUGGACGUUGCUUGCUGAAGGUAAGGCCAUUAUCGAGCCCGUGAGCGGCGUCAACGAGACAUUCAAAUUGAACUACAGAGGCGUCAAAACUGGUGAUGAGAAGCCCGUGGCCAUGAAGGAACCCUGUGCUUUUUGUGGAGAGACCAAGGGCGACAGACUCGAACACGCCCGCUUGUACAUGCUCAAAUUGUACGGCCCAGCGUCAGAAACGUCCAUAACCGGCGACUCGUCCACCACAAUCAUCAGCGGAGAGGUCCACGAAGUGAUUGGCACGUACCCACUCUGCAACUUCUGCUUGGUCAAGCUCCGGGCGAUCUGUGAGUUCUUUGCCAAGCUCAGGCUUGUGCAUGCCAACGUCUACAAACUCCAGCAAAACAGCACAUUUGACGAUCUUGCGUUUGUCUCGCAGUUCAAGUUCCAGAACUACGACCGUCACACCCACACUGUGGACAGGAAAAUCUCCAGCAACGACGAGGCUAUCCUUAUAAAACUCUAUUACUUGUUGCUCACGGUCCGGGCCAAGAUCUUCUGGAGCAAGGUCGGUUUCUGGGAUACCGAGGAGGACUCUGAAACCGUCACCAUCGAAGAGGCCCACAUUGAUAUUUUCCAGAGAAUGGUGAAGGAGAACAGCGCUUUUGGCGUGGACAGAGCAGAGCCCAUUGAGAGGCCACAAAGCGUCAACGGCGACAACAGCAGAAAGUCGGACGCCACAGAUACAGAAAAGGAGACGGAGACGUCGAAGACGACACAGGAGACGACACAGGAUACUGCUCAGGCUGAAGACACCGAGAAGAAGGUUGAGAAAGAAGGUAAUGAGGAUUCGGACGAGGGCGACUUUGCAGACGCAGAGACAUUCGAGCAGCCGUUGCAGAGACGCAAGAGCAAGUCCAAGGAGUUCAAGAAGAAGAUUGACCAGGGAUUGGCCUCCACGAUGGAGAUGUUGAAGGAGAGCAUUGACGAGGACGAAAAGAAGAAGGGGAACUAG